GUGGUAGACAAUAGGCCCAUUGAUCUCCCUAUCUCGCUUUCACUCGACUAUUGUUUCAAAUGUUAAUUAGACAGAGCAGGUGUAAUAGGUGUCAAUAGAAAAUUUUUUUUAGCCCGGACACUUUCGUUGAAAAAAAAAAUCAAACAAAAAUGAAUAAAAUUAAUGCCGAUAAUUGGACUAUGUAAUCGACAAGAGUUGCCCCACCUCUUGCUAUUCAUUUGGCAAUUAUAUGACCACUGCUGUCGCUUUUCCUUGCUAUGGAGGGGACACUUCUACACUUCUUCAUAUUCUGGAUGUCAAUAUAAAUCACCUCGCCACUUCAGGAGCAGUCAUUUCAUGCUGAAGUGUCUUAUCAUUCGUUGGAGCGUGAAGUGAUCGACACAAGAGGUGAUUUUUAACGUCCAGAUGGCUUCGCACAAGAUCCUCUGGUGCACGAUUUUCCUGGCAGUGUGGCUCACAGAGGCCCUGCCAAGACGUGAUUCGUCCUUUGAAGAGGUCACUUCCCCCAGGGAAUCUUCAGGUUUCAGAUUCGGGGAUGAGUACUUUACCCCGGAGGCGACAUAUCACACCCCAGAGAAGCAUCAGAAGCCAGAAGGCUGCGAGAAGGUGGUGAAAGAUCUGAUGGUAUGCAUGGUAUGCAAGGACCCGGAGACCUCUGCUAAAUACGAGCAGUGCUCAUACGUCCCUCAACAAUCAGAGAGAUCAUAUAGUCAUAAAUCGAGUGGAAGAAAACCGAAGGAGUACGAGAGUUCGCAGUCCCAAGUGGCCGAGGUUCGUCCUUCCUUGACCAAAGAAAGUCUCGAAGAGGAGAGUGAGGAGAGCGAAGAAGCCUCGAGUCCCUACAACUCCGGGUUUUUCAGCUCUCGGGGUGAGAGUGAAGAGGUUUCAUCCAAGAGACCAUCGAGGACCUACAGGGCUGAGGCUGAGACUGAGGAUGAGACGUCGGGGGAAUAUGUUCCCGAAUCGGAGAGGCUCGCGGAAAAAGCCGAUAGAUCCAAGUGUCGGGAGGAGAAAAGACAAGAUGGAAUGACCUGUCAAGUCUGCAAGGAUCCAGAAACUGGGGGAAACUUCGAGAAGUGCGCGUAUGCGUAUGAACCCAAUGACAAAGGCUACUCCUACAGUAGAUCCAACAAAUUCCAGAGUCCUGGGAGAAGCGACUCCGGAGGGAAAAAGGGAAAGACUCCGAAGAAAGCCAUCAGGAGGAUCGAUGAGAAGAACGAGGCAGAGGACAGGAACCCUGGGGAGAGUCAAUUCACUGAGAGAAAAAUUGAUGGCAAGUGUCGGGAGGUCGUCAAGGACUCCAUGACCUGCACUGUCUGCACUGAUCCCAAAACUCGAAGGAACUCCGAGCAGUGCUCAUACUCGUAUGAUCCUGCUGAUAAACUCUUCACCUACAGCCAGUCGAGGUCCUUCGGAUCCAAAAAGGACCCCAACAGUCAUCAGAAGUCCAAGGAAACCGAGGAAUUACCUUCAGAGCAUUAGAUCUUAGUUAUUUUUUAUUGUUGAACAUUGAACGUGUAAGGAAAAUAGAAAAUUAAAGACUUUUUGUCAAAUCCCAUGAGACUGGUUUAUUUCCACACAAAACAUUAGUAAUUUCGACUCUUUCUUAAUAUAUUUCACUGUAACAAGAGAAAUCUGCUGAAAGAAACAUGGAGAACUUGUAAAAAACGACAUGUAAAGUAAUUAUUGAAAUUCCCUAUGAA